UGGAGGAAGUCAGCGGCCGGUGCUGAAAGAAUGUUUUAAGAAGGUCAGAACUUUUUCACCGUCAGGUGGUCGACAGACAACGUGCUGCAGCUGGAUAUUGUCUUGGCCUGAAUUCAUUGAUGACAAUGAGUACUCUCUUCUUUGUUCUUCAACUGGUCAGUCUGGCAGGUCUCGCCUGCUCCUCCUCGGAUGAGACAAAGUUGGUCAAAACUCUCUUCACUGGUUACAACAAAGUGGUCCGACCUGUCAAUCACUUCAAAGAACCGGUGGUGGUCACUGUGGGCCUCCAGCUCAUCCAGCUCAUCAGUGUGGAUGAGGUCAACCAGAUCGUCAGCAGUAAUGUGCGACUCAAACAGCAAUGGAAAGACGUGAACUUACAGUGGGACCCCGAGGAUUAUGGUGGCAUUAAAAAGAUCAGAGUUCCCUCCACUGACAUUUGGCGACCUGAUCUGGUUCUCUACAACAAUGCUGACGGAGACUUUGCCAUUGUACAUGAGACCAAAGUGCUGCUGGAGUACACCGGGAUGAUCACGUGGAACCCACCUGCCAUCUUCAAGAGCUACUGUGAAAUCAUUGUGCUGCACUUUCCCUUUGACCUCCAGAACUGCAGCAUGAAGCUGGGCACCUGGACCUACGAUGGAAACCUGGUCGUCAUCAAUCCUGACAGCGACAAGCCUGAUCUCAGCAACUUCAUGGAAAGUGGAGAGUGGGUGAUGAAGGACUUCCGCAGCUGGAAACACUGGGUGUUCUAUGCCUGCUGCCCGGACACUCCUUACCUGGACAUCACCUACCACUUCCUCAUGCUGAGGCUUCCACUCUACUUCAUUGUCAACGUCAUCAUCCCCUGCAUGCUCUUCUCCUUCCUGACCGGCCUGGUCUUCUAUCUGCCAACUGACUCUGGAGAGAAGAUGACUCUCAGCAUCUCUGUCUUACUGUCUCUGACUGUGUUCCUGCUGGUCAUUGUGGAGCUCAUCCCCUCCACCUCCAGCGCUGUACCACUCAUUGGAAAAUAUAUGCUUUUCACCAUGGUGUUCGUCAUUGCCUCCAUCAUCAUCACUGUCAUUGUCAUCAACACCCACCAUCGCUCUCCAAGCACUCACACUAUGCCAGACUGGGUCCGCAAGGUUUUCAUUGAAACCAUCCCCAACAUCAUGUUCUUCUCAACCAUGAAGCGCCCAGGUAAAGAAAAGCAGAGUAAAAGCAUCUACGGUCCUGACAUGGACAUCUCUGACAUUUCCGGCAACCAGAUCUCUGCCGUCCCUUACCAAUCUCCCAUUACCAAGAACCCUGAUGUUCGCAGUGCCAUUGAAGGAGUCAAGUACAUCGCAGAAACCAUGAAAUCUGAUGAGGAAUCUAACAAUGCUGCUGAGGAGUGGAAGUUUGUGGCCAUGGUGUUGGAUCACAUUCUGCUGUGUGUCUUCAUGGCUGUGUGUCUCAUUGGAACAUUAGGGGUGUUUGCCGGGCGCCUUAUUGAGCUGAGCAUGCUCUAAAGGCCUCUGUCCAGUUUGUUGUUCAUUAUACAACAUAUCACAGACGACCAUUGUCCUUCAUGCCACCAAAUAACCAGCCAGUUGCCUCAAUUAGCAUUUAUGCUAAUACACAGAUAUCUGCUUAUAUGUUGAUGUUUGAAGAUAAGCUAAUUUUGUAUACUGUAUGUACAGUACAAACAUCAUGUGUUCAUGUUAACUUCAACUCAUUAUAUAUCACAGUUCUACUGACUUUCCUUUGUUGUGUACAAUUUAAUUUUUAACUAGGCAUUUCCUUUAUGUACAAAAAGGGAACAAUGUAAUAAACUCAUUUUUUUGUCAUUUUAAUUUUUUUAAAUCUACCUACCAUUCUGUUUUAUUUUGCUGAUAUGUCUAUUUAUGUAGUGCAUUUUCUGGAUAUUAUAAGUAUGUGUGCGCAGAUAGUUUAUUAAAAUACAUGUAUUCCUUAUAUAAGUUAUAUUCACUCUUGCCUCUGAGAUUUAGAUAGUUGAUUGUUUGUUAAACACCAGCUGUCAGAAUCAUUGUCUACUGUUUACUUUGUCAUCUAAGUAUUUGCUAUUCAAAUAAAUAUGCAGAUAUCUGCUUUUGUUAUGAAACAGUGCGCUGCUCACUGUGGUUACAUUUUAACUUGUCAAAAUCGUCACCGGAUUGGUUGACACUACAGUGUUCCCCAGCGUUCUUUUAUUUCCAGGGACCCUGAAAUUUAAAUCUCAAUAAAAUUUUGAUUAAAAGAAAUGUGUGUUUAAUGUUUCCUUCCGCUUCCUGUCUUACCUACUAUUUUAAAUUGUCCUAACUUUCUUACUAAACUAUUUACUAUUAACUACAACUUAGUUAUUACUUAGAUGUUUUAAGUAAAGUUCCUUACAUGUUUGAAUAUUUGUUUAUUUUAUAAAAAC